GGCAUCUGUCUCAAAUUCUCUCAAGGCCAUCCCAGUGAGGAAUUUUUCAGUUAAAGACGAAUCUGCCCAGGAGAGAGCAACCAAGACCAAAUGGGUUUAUGUGUUCCAAAGAGAAUAUGCAACUGUCGAUCCUGCACUUGUCGAUGUGUGUUUAUUUCUUAAUUUCUAGCAUAAAAAACCCAUAAACUACUUGAAAAUUUCUGACAAUAUUUUUUUCAUAAGUAAGAAAAUUUAUUGAUCCUCAUAAUUAGGCAUGGCCCAAGUACAUUCCUCUCAUUCCAUACAUAAGAUAUAAUGGCACCAUCUUCCAAAUAGCCGCUAUUUGAUGGUUGCCCUGAAUUCCAUUCCAACAAGCCACAAAGUCCACCACCCUCCUAGGCAUCACCCAAGCAAUAUCCAACCUAAUAAAAAUAUUGUCCCAUAAAGCCUACACCACAUCACAAUGGAGAAGAAGAUGAUCCACUGAUUCUCCAUCCUCUUACAAGAGAAAUAGUGGAUUGGAAACUUUUAUAUGUGUAUAUGCCUAAUUUUUCUAUGGGUUCUCUUGAGCUUCCAUGUUAAGUUGGGUUCAUAUAUUUCUUUGGCAAUAUGAACUUCUUGACCCUGCUUAAAAGAUGUUGUGUAUACAAGGUGUAAUAUGUUGAACAUUCAUGUAAUUGAGAAAUGGGUAGCAUUUGCUUUAGAAGAAUUACCUCACUUUUGGCAAUUGUGCACCUUAAAAAUUCUAGAUGCGUAAUCUGGACUAUCCAUUCCUUUCAUUAAUUUAAUAGGAGAAUCCUGGUAAUCGGUUUUUUGUUGUGUGCCAUGUACGUACAAUGUACAGGAAUAACUGUUUUAGAUGGAUACAGGCCUUUGUCACCUUGUUGGUGAGUCACAUACCCUGAUGUCCCCAAAGUCUAAGGUUCAAUGAAUGAUAGAACAAAGAAGAAGAAAAAUAGAUUAGAUGGAUGGAUGGUGAUGAUAUACUGAUGGAUGUAUCAAAACUAGGUGAUUGGCCAUCUGUUUCUGUUAUGCAAAUUGGAAGUUAACUCUUUUUCAUGCCUAUCAUUGUGCAUUGUGCAGAGGCUCUUGUAGUUAUCUGAGUUCUGUGUACUGGUGACCACAGCAUGUUCAAAAUGGAAGGAAAUAAUGGCUUCUUUUCAUUUGAAGCUUUGGUGUUAUUUUCAUUUGUUGGCACCGAUGAAGCAACAACCUGCGUGGGUCUUGUUAUUCGCAACAGGAAAAAUGGAAUAACCUCAGUUGCUCAUAUGGAUUCUCCAGAUAUUGUAGAUAUUGGCCUCUCCCAGAUGUUAUUGCUUGUUGUUGAUCACAAUUUGGAUGCUGAAUUAGAGGUGCAUCUAGUUGGUGGUUUUGAAGAUGUUUCACCAAAUUUUCUUAAGUCUUGCACUAGAUCAGAAAGCGAUGCAAAGUUGGAGGGUUAUUCCUAUCCUUUGUGUGCCAAAAUUUUUGAAACUUUGUGCACAAGACAGGAGAAGUUUCAUAUUCAGACUGCCUUUAUUCUUGGGCAUAACACCAGAAGGGAUUCUGAAGGGAAUGCAUUCCCCAUUUUCAAUGGGUUAGCGGUAGAAACUUCCACUGGAUCAGUUAUCCCUGCCUGUUUUGAUGGAGCAAGAUGUCCGGAUGAAAUUGUCAGGAGAAUUCGAGUAACUGCAUCCUAUGAGGAUAGCAGUUGGAACGGAAAGUUAAUGGAUACAUAUGAUACUCGAACUGAUCAAUUCAGAAUUGCUUCCUGUUGCUGGACCUCUCAGCAAAGACGAUUUGCUUUGACACUACGACAUCUAACUGAUUCUGAAAUACUCCUCACAUGUUCUACUUCACCUUCUGCUGAGGGCCCAGAUUUUGUGGAUAAUUUAAGAAGGCAGUGGGAAUAUCUGAUUAAAUACCCAGAUUGGAUAGAAACCUUCCCUUUGAAGCAGCCACGUGUCUUCGAAAGGACCAGCGAUGGAGAAUGGAAAAGGUGCUGAUUACAGUUAGGAGGUUCUGAGCACAUAGCUCAAUGUUUGAAGCUACUAUUAUUAUUUUUAUUUCAAAUGGAUGGUAUUGGCUGAAAUCUGUUAUCUGCUGUCAUAAAACUCUAGGUUUUAAGGGAUGUUUGCUGUAAUUUUUCUAAUGGAAGAUUAUGUUUGGAAGAAAGGAAAUGAUGGGAAAAGAAAGGGAAAUAAUACCAAGAACAAGUUACCUGGCUA